AUGUCUUCGACCCCUCCGUACCGACCGACCGAGCCUCCCGAGUCCCCUACUCAGGAUUCUGAUUCUGAUCUGGACAUCGAUGUCAACGAGCUAGACCCAAUCUCGACAGAAAAUCUCAGGGAAUCGCACCGAAACCAAACCCCUUCUGCAGCUGAUCCGAAUCCCUCGAGGAUCGCGCUCCGUAAUUUGCGUAUGGGAGGUUUACGCCGCGCGAACAAACGUGGUGGUCGAGGGUAUGGAGAGCUCGGUCAGAACCGAGAUGAUGUCAACGAGUAUGCUCGGGGCGUGUCGGACGAUCCGGACGGCACAGGAGCUUCUCACAUUGAGGAUGACGCUCCACUUCUUGGCCGUCAUAGCAGAUCACACAGUCGCCAGCUAUCAAUUUCCAGUAUCCGCUUGCCUAACUUUCUCUCUGGGAAGCUACAACAGCAGCAGGAGCAUGGCGAAGAGGGAUCGGUUGAGGAUCCGGAAGAUGACCCUUCAACGUCCCGCCGCGUCGCUGUUGGAUCGACUCAGUUUUCUCGCUACCCGGCCAACAUUGUGUCCAAUGCCAAGUAUACAGCAUUGACCUUUCUUCCCAUCACUCUAUACAACGAGUUCUCCUUCUUCUUCAACAUGUAUUUUCUUCUUGUUGCGUUGUCGCAAGCGAUUCCCGCCCUUCGCAUCGGCUAUUUGUCUACAUACAUAGCCCCGUUGGCAUUCGUUUUGUGUAUUACCAUGGGCAAAGAGGCCUACGAUGACAUCGAAAGGCGGCGAAGAGAUAACGAGGCAAACUCGGAAGAAUACCGCGUUUUGACAUUUGCUGAUCCCGGGAGCCGGCCCGCGAUAGUGCGGCCUGCACGCCGAUUGCUCAAAUCCGAUUCUUACAGCAAACGAGCUUCGCGGAGACAAAGAGAGGCACGUCACGAUUUAACAGAUAUUCAGGAGGAAGACGACACGUACCAUCCAUCCUCCUUUGUCCAAGAGAUGAAUCGAAAGUCCAAGGAUCUCAAAGUGGGCGAUGUCCUCAAGCUCAGCAAAGGUCAACGCGUGCCAGCUGAUGUAGCCAUCUUACAAUGCUUCAGCGCCGAGAGCACCACGACGUUGACACCGCCCAAGGAGCCCGCCGAAGAAGAGACACUGCUUGCCUUUACUGAUAACGAGUCGCAGAGCAAGGGGAAGCAGCUUGGGAUCGACACUAAGAAAGGAGACGCAGAUGGGGGCGGGGGCUCUGGGGAGACUUUCAUCAGAACUGACCAGCUGGAUGGCGAAACGGAUUGGAAAUUGAGACUGGCCUCGGCCCUGACGCAAAAUAUCCCUGCCGAAGAAUUCGUUCGCCUAAGAGUCACAGCUGGAAAGCCCGACAAGAAGGUCAACGAGUUUGCUGGGACUAUUGAGUUGCUAGACUCGAAGCAGGAUGCUGCUAGCCAUCAUUCCGUUAUCCAUCGAGGCGACGACUCUAAUUCGGCCGCUUUGUCCAUUGACAACACAGCCUGGGCCAACACCGUAAUUGCGUCUCAGGGAACCACCCUGGCGGUUAUCCUAUACACUGGUCCCCAGACCCGAUCUGCCCUGUCAAGCUCUCCGUCGCGGUCCAAGACUGGUCUUUUAGAAUACGAAAUCAACUCGCUGACCAAGAUUCUCUGCGCACUUACCUUGGCGUUGUCAGUGAUACUUGUGGCGCUGGAAGGGUUUCAGAACACAUCAGGAAAUGUGUGGUAUAUUAAAAUCAUGCGUUUCCUUGUCUUGUUCUCCACCAUCGUGCCUAUCAGCUUACGGGUCAACCUCGACAUGGGAAAAAGUGCGUACUCCAGAUUCAUUCAGCGGGAUCCCGGCAUUCCCGGAGCUGUGGUCCGUACCAGCACGAUUCCCGAAGAUCUGGGUCGGAUCGAGUAUCUUUUGAGUGACAAAACGGGCACACUGACGCAAAACGACAUGGAAAUGAAGAAGAUACAUGUCGGCACCGUGUCGUAUGCCAACGAAGCUAUGGACGAGGUCAAGUCAUACGUUCGACAGGGGUUCCACAUCCAGCCUACCACGGAUCCAUCCUCGCAGACGAUGCUUGUAACACCGUCUUUAAAUUUCUCGACGAACAUGAACAUUGGCGCCACUCGAACGAGAAGAGAAAUCGGUUCGCGCGUUCGCGAUGUUGUUCUCGCCCUGGCUCUGUGUCAUAAUGUCACGCCUACGGUCGACAUGGAGGACGACAAGGAAGUGACUUCGUACCAGGCGUCGUCUCCGGAUGAAAUCGCCAUUGUCAGGUGGACAGAGUCGGUUGGCUUGAAACUGUCAUACCGGGAUCGGAAAAGUAUGACGCUGCAGUCAACAGAGACGGGACGUCCAGUUGUGCGUGUUCGGAUUCUUGACGUAUUUCCCUUCACCUCUGACGGGAAGCGCAUGGGAAUUAUCGUCCACUUCCUUGACGACAUGGAAAGAAACAACGCAAGCCUCGACACGGGCGAGAUAUGGUUCUAUCAAAAGGGCGCCGACACGGUGAUGGGCUCUAUAGUCGCUGCUAAUGACUGGCUGGAUGAAGAAACAGCCAACAUGGCACGGGAAGGCCUAAGAACGCUCGUUGUCGGCCGUAAGAAGCUAUCGCACCGACAAUACCAGGAUUUCUCAUCGAAGUACCGCGCAGCAGCAUUGUCCAUUGCGAACCGCGAUGCCGGAAUGCAACACGUCGUGUCACACUACCUCGAGAACGACCUCGAGUUGCUCGGGGUGACUGGUGUGGAAGACAAGCUUCAAAAGGACGUCAAGCCAUCUCUGGAACUGCUUCGCAACGCAGGCAUCAAGAUCUGGAUGCUGACGGGCGACAAAGUCGAAACUGCUCGCUGUGUCGCAGUGAGCUCCAAGCUUGUGGCUCGCGGUCAAUACAUCUACACCGUGGCCAGGUUGAAGCGGCCCGACGCUGCACAGGAGCACCUCGAUUUUUUACGCAGCAAACCAGAUGCUUGUCUGCUGAUUGAUGGCGAGAGUCUACAGCUCCUGCUGACCCAUUUCCGCAUCGAGUUCAUCUCCAUGGCGGUCAAGCUUCCGACGGUCGUUGCUUGUCGCUGCUCGCCAACACAAAAGGCCGACGUGGCCAAACUCAUCAAGGGCUAUACCAAAAAACGGGUGUGCUGCAUCGGCGAUGGAGGAAACGACGUGUCCAUGAUUCAGGCGGCCGAUGUCGGUGUUGGUAUCGUCGGCAAGGAAGGCCGCCAAGCAAGCCUGGCAGCCGAUUUCUCCAUUGAGCAAUUCCAUCAUUUGGUCAAGCUCCUGGUCUGGCACGGCCGGAACAGCUAUAAGCGGAGCGCCAAGCUGGCGCAGUUUGUGAUUCACCGUGGCUUCAUUAUUGCAGUCUGCCAGACCAUGUAUAGUAUUGCGAUUGAGUUUGAGCCUGAAGGCUUAUACAAGGACUGGCUUCUUGUUGGUUACGCAACAAUAUACACUGCUGCUCCCGUUUUGUCCCUGGUCCUGGACAAGGACGUAGACGAGAACGUGGCCAACCUAUAUCCCGAGCUAUACAAGGAACUGACCAAAGGUCGUUCGUUGUCGUACCGCACGUUUUUCGUAUGGGUCUUUGUAUCCAUAUACCAAGGCGGCAUGAUUCAAGGUCUAUCGCAGAUCCUGACCCAAGUGGACGGCAACAAAAUGGUGGCGGUGAGCUAUACCGUCUUGGUGCUCAACGAGCUGAUCAUGGUAGCCAUUGAAAUCACGACGUGGCACCCCGUCAUGGUUCUCAGUAUUUUGGGCACCUUUCUGGUAUACAUUGGCUCCAUCCCGUUUUUGGGGGGGUACUUUGACCUAAAGUUUGUCAUAACUUGGGGGUUCAUAUGGCGUGUAUUUGCCAUUGGAGCGGUCUCGUUGAUCCCGCCAUAUGCAGGGAAACUGAUCAGGCGAGCAGUCAAGCCGCCGUCCUACAGAAAGGUGCAGAACACGUAG